UUGCUAUUUAGUUUCGUUUCUUUGCUACAAGGUGCGUAACAGCUGGCGCUGCGCUACGCGGACGCUGCUAUUCUCGGGUUUGCCUGCAGAUGAGACGAGAUCCAACUUCCCCGCUGAAAAUGAAAAGGACAUUUCUGAUUUUCACGCUGGCCUGUGCCGUAGCAGUGGCUUCUGCCUUGGAUAAUCGGAGGAAAUCCAAGCCAUCUGCCACCGUUUCCCCCCCUGGAGAAUUUGACGCAUCCAGCCCCCCGACCCACGCACCCAAACCCACGACCCACGCACCCAACACCACGACCCACGCACCCAACACCACGACCCACGCCCCCAACACCACGACCCACGCCCCCAACACCACGACCCACGCCCCCAACACCACGACCCACGCCCCCAACACCACGACCCACGCCCCCAACACCACGACCCACGCCCCCAACACCACGACCCACGCCCCCAACACCACGACCCACGCCCCCAACACCACCACCCACGCACCCAACACCACCACCCAUGCUCCGACUCCACCACCUCCCCGUCCCACCCCUUCCGCCAACCUGACAGGUGGCACCUACACAGUUAAGAACCAAACAGUUAUGUGCGUGAAGGCGGCCAUGGCAGUACAGAUCAAGCUGCAGAUCGGCUCCAAACCCAGCGAAAUGGGCAGCUUUAUCAUCCAGCCUAACAAGACGACUCCUGAUGGAGGGUGCACAGACACCCAGGCGAACUUCACCCUGUCGUUCUCAGAGGGAACACUUACCAUGCUGUUCCAGAAGAACUCCACCGAGAACUCCGUGUACAUCACCAAGGUCGCUUUCAAUGUGCGCUACCCCAUCUUGCCCUCAGGUCCCACCGAAAAUUCAGUCAGCAAUCAAUCGCUGCAUCUCCUCUCUGCCGCCAUUGGGCAUUCCUACUCCUGUAAGAACAUGACAUUAUUCAUGGGCUCUGGCUAUUCUCUGGAGAUGACUGGCCUGAGGUUGCAGGCGUUCAACUUCACCAACGGAGAUUUUGGCUUGCCUGACGACUGUCCCGCUGACAAGCCCGACUACACCGUCGCCAUAGUCGUGGCCGUCGUCCUCAUCAUCCUCAUCGUCAUUGUCAUCCUGGCGUACCUGAUCGGCAGGAAGAGGAGGACGGAUGGGUAUCAGGCUCUCUAACGGGGCCCGCUGAGGCCCUGUGAGUCAGAUCAGAUGAAUGCUCUCAUCCCUACUCCCAUCUCUUAUCCUUCUGCUGCCGCUGAUCAGUGUUUUUUUUUUUUUUUUUUUUUUUUUUUUUGCUGCUUAUAUAUAAAGCACCUUUCCGUCUGUGUAUCUUGUCUGCUAUAAUUUCGUUUACAUAGUUACAAAGGGUGUUGCGGUAAAUAUUACUUCAUGUGUCGUAUGAGAGCACUUUUUUCUUUGUAUUAUUGAGCACCUCCCAUAUUGAUUGGGGGGGGGGUUGACGGUGAUGUGUUUGUAUCUCAGGGAACCCCCUCCCUUGGCCCCCACUACCUAACUUUGCUUUCAGUCCUUUUGUUACACAGUACACCCAACCUGUCACCAGUGAACGAGAGGCAGUUGCCUGUACUGCCAGGACUGUGGCAUCCACACAGGUCACUGGCUUGGAGAACACCAGCCUUCCGGAGUGUGCUGUCUCUCGGGCCGUGCUCUUACUUGAGACAGGCUAGCUUGUGAAAUGCUGCGUAUGACCUGAACUCUGACUUGAAUCUGAGGGCAGGCACAAAGCACCUUUUAGUAGACGUGCAUUCGGUGCCACUUAAAUCCUAAAAUUUUGCACGUCGUGACCUUCUGGCUUCCGUGUUGCUCUGCUCACACAUAACGGGGAAAUUUAUGCGAUGAAAACUGUGCUUUCCUAUACUGGGUCGUUUACAUGCAUAUUUUUUUAUAUUAGACUUGCUUAUUUUGCUUUAUUUCUGCAGUGUUUUUCCAAUCCUGUUCUCCUACUGUGAUUUACUGCCCAAUUGAUUAAUUCAUAGAGUAAUAAUGAACUAGGGAUGAGAAAUGACCGAUAUGUUGAAAACUGAAGAGAGAACAGCAUAACUGACAGGAGGGCUGGGCCAGCCUCAAAGCUUUGGUGUUUCAUGUUGUGUUGUCACCCUUGGGGUUGCUUAUCCAGCACCAAAAACCAGGGAGAAGAUAUGAGGAUUGGAUCCAUGUUCACCUGCAGUUCCAAGCGUGACACUGCUGCUUGCAGAAAUAUAACCCAGGAAAUUCCACGGGAGUGAAUUCUGCAUCCUAUAGAAAGUGUUCUUCAGAAAGAGCUGAAAUAUGAUUCGAAUCAUUACUGGCAUCUUGCAGCUGAUGCCGUCCUUUUUCAUGGAUGUGUAAUGUGCAGCACAUCUACAAACCAGGCAAUUAUUGUUAGCUGAGGUUCUGUGGGCCAGUGCUUGAGGGAAGCCUAUGGAAACCAAAGGAAGAGAGAAGGGGACAAAAGGGAAGAUUUUUUUUUUCUAAAUUUUAAUACUAAAUUUGUUUGUUACUUAUAGCUGUGGAAAAAAAAAUAUUACCUUGCAGAAAUAAUGGUCAAUCUCAUACUUGCUUGGAAAUGUUACGUCAUUGUUUUAAUCGGUGUGCACAAUUAAAAAUCUGAACAAAUUA